UAGAAUGUAGCUUGACGGCGCUCGACCGGCCGAAGUCACCGGGACCGAGGGAAGAGUUUUACCGCCGUCGCUCCGCUUCCCUCCGUCCGGUGUGAAGACGGACCGACUCACCAGGUAACAGACGAGGUCCGCGCGGACUCCACCGGAUCUGAACGGCCGCGGCAGCCGCUCGUUACUUCCGUCUGGUCGGCGGCGCUGAGACAGAGAGUUCGCUGCCCCGCGGCGGGCGGUGUUAGCAUCGGGCACCGCUGCUAAACAUGGUGGUGGCCUGUCGGCGAGGACCGAGCCCGCUGGGAGGAGGGCGACUCUAACACCCCGCUGGAGCUCCAGCCCGGGGACGAGCCACCGCCGCCGGACCCGGAGGUCUGUCCGCACGGCUGCCGCUUGUGUUGACGCUGAAGCCGCCGACCGCAGAACCGCGGCAGCGGCAGCGUCCCGCUGCGGGACCGACCACCGGCGACAGUUCACCGCCGAGGAACAAGUUCCACUCCGGAGGCGUGAAACGAGAAGCUUCAGAAACAUGCGCAGACCGGAGGAGGAGCACGACGACGAGCAGCGGGAGCUGGAGGUUUAGCGGCCGGACGCAGUGACAGAGAUGAGCCGGGGAACAAGUGCAGCCCGCGGGGUCGAGCUGCUCCCCUCAACCCGCCGGACCUGAGGAUUAUUAUGGAUUCUUCUUAUUCUUAUUGUUGCCUGAUCCAAACCGCAACGGAGCCGGAGCUUUGGGACUAACUGAUGAAGAUGAUGGUGAUGGAGAUGAUGAUGAUGGAGAUGAUGGAGAUGGUGAAGUUGAUAUGAUCCGGUACAUGGAGACUGGCCUGACAUGCCCAGGAAGGAGUUGCCGCUGCCCGACGGUUGGGAGGAGGCCACGGACUUCGACGGCAAAGUCUACUACGUGGACCACAUCAACCAGUGCACGAGCUGGAUCGACCCCAGAGACAGGCAGACGAAGCCUCUGACGUUCGCCGACUGUAUCGGCGACGAGCUGCCGAUCGGCUGGGAGGAGGCGUACGACCCCGUGGUGGGAUCUUACUAUGUCGACCACAACAGCAAGAGCACCCAGCUGGAGGACCCGCGGGCCCAGUGGCAGCGGGAGCAGGAGGCCAUGCUGCGGGACUACCUGGCCGUGGCCCGGGACGCCCUCAGCGCCCAGAAGGAGAUCUACCAGGUGAAGGAGCAGCGGCUGCGGCUGGCGCAGCAGGAGUACCUGCAGCUCCACGACGCCUGGCGGGACAAGUCUACGUCACAGACCAGCUUGAAUUCUCGAUCCUCGUCGUCCAGCAAGUACGACCCCGACAUCCUGAAAGCAGAGAUAUCCACGGCUAAAAGUCGGGUGAACAAGCUGAAGCGAGACCUGGCCUGUAUGAAGCAGGAGCUGCAGUUCAAGGAACAAGGCUUCGAGACGCUCAGAGAGAUCGACCUGAAGGUGUCGAACAGCUCGUACGGCUACAAGCUGCAGGAGGCGCAGGUCAUCCUGAGUGAGGUCCGCUCCAUCCGAGACGCCAUCAGCUCAGGGGAGAAGGAGAAGCAGGAACUGAUGCAGAAACUGGCGGUGCUGAAAGACGGUUUCCAGCUGGACUCGGGCUCGCAGCAGGACCUGUGGGGCAGCAGCCCCUCGCUGGCCAACUCGGAGCUGUCCAUCCCCCGGCUCUACUCGGACGCCGGCUCGCAGACCGACAUCCCUGCCGAGUUCAUCACCAGCACCAACAAACUGGCGGAGAAGGUUCGUCUGAGUCUGAAGUACGAGGAGGCCAAGAGAAGGAUCGCCACCAUCGAGGUGCAGAUCGCCAAACUGGACAGCGAGGCGUGGCCGGGGCUGCUGGACCCCGAGCGGGAUCGUCUGAUCCUCAUAAACGAGAAGGAGGAGCUGCUGAAGGAGCUGCAGUACGUCCGCCCUCGCCAGCGGCUGCAGCCCAACGACGCCCAGAAGCUGGAGUCCGAGAAGAAACGUCUGGAGCGAGACCUGCAGGCGGCCAGAGACAACCAGAGCAAGGCCCUGACCGAGAGGCUGCGACUUCACAGCAGGAGGAACAAACUGGUGCAGGAGCUGGAGGAGAUGGUUCGACUCGCCUCGUCACUUCACACUCAACUGAAAAGCCUCUCGGCCAGCACCCUGUCCUGCUCGUCGGGCAGCAGUCGCGGCUCGCUGACUUCCAGCCGUGGCUCCCUAGCCACCACAAGCAGCCUCGGCUCCACCUCCUCCCUCAGCUUCACCGACAUCUACCUGGAGCAGCCCGAGCUCGCCGACCCGGACUUCCAGAACAAGCUGGACAUCCUCCUGCAGGAGGGCGGCCCGGGGGGCUACCGCCCCUCCAGCUCCAUCACCACCAUCCACGAACACGAGGUGGUGACGGGCUGCGGCGGGCGGGACGCCGAGAGGCCCGCGGGACAAACAGAAGGAGACGCGGGCUCGGCCGGAGGGGGAGGGGGAGCGGAGCUGGGCCCGUCCAGGAUCCAGGCCCUCAGACUGUCAGAGACCCCUCGCUCAAUGAGCUCCUUGUCUCCACGCUCGUCCCUCUCCUCGCUGUCCCCGCCCUGCUCGCCGCUGGUCACAGACGCUAGUUUCCUGUCCGGCGAGACGUUUACAGGCCAGACGGCGCCCGGCGGAUUGGGCCUGGACCUGGAGCUCCACGGCCGGCUCGCUGAGCUGGAGCUCAGCCUGGACGCUCGGGAGCAGCGGCAGGACGAGCACAAGGCUCAACGUGGGCUGGACGUGAAGCAGAGCACCAACACGGCGCCGGGCGGCGAGGUCAGAGACUCGGCUCCUCAGCUGCGGGCGUCGGGGCCGAAGAAGAUCGGCGUCUCCUCUGCGGUGUCUGACGAAUCUGUGGCCGGUGACAGCGGCGUGUACGAGCCUUCGGAGCGAAGGCCGGGCCUCCCCGCCGACCUGCUGCACGCCUCCUACGAGGAGCGCCUGGCGCCCGGCUGCUCCCAGGUGCAGCUCGGCUUCCGCUACGAGUCCAGAGACCAGCGCUUCACCAUCUACGUCAUGCAGCUCUCCAACUGCAGCGCCCUCUGCCUCCCGGCGGACCACAACAUGUACGUGCGCGUGGUGGUGCUGCCCUGCGUGGAGACGACCCGCUGCCUCUUCCGGACGCGCGGCUCUCCGCCGCAGGACGCCGUGGAGGUCAACGAGGUGUUCGGCAUGCAGAUUUCCCACAGUGCACUGAGGCAGAAGACCCUGAGGGUGGAUGUCUGCAACACCAGCAAGUCGGGCCACGAAGACUGUCUGGCGGGGGCUCAGAUCAGUCUGGCCGACAUCAGCUGUUCGGACGAGAGACGCACUCGGUGGUUCAACCUGCUGAGUCGAGCCUUCAUCCUGCCUGAGGUCAACAACAAGGACAGGGAGAGUAGAGCUGCAGGAGCCUCAGACCGGGUAAAGACCAGGGAGACACCACCCCCUGGUGGACUGCUGGGGACUCGAGUUUCCAGCAGCGACACAGUCGGAGCCACUGACGACGACGAGGACGACGAGUGGCGCGGCGACUCGCUGGAGGCCGACCUGUUCGACCACGAAGAAGGAAAUGGCGUGGAGGGGGCGGGGCCUCCAGAGGAGGAGGACGAGUUUUAUCCCGACAGCCAAUGGGAAGCAGAAGAAGGGGAGGAAGGGGAAGAAGAAGAGGAUGCGACUAAACCUCCGGCAGCAGCAGCAGCAGUGAUCACAGAGAAGUUGAACAAGGAGACGAGUACGAGCGGCUCGUCGUCGUCCCGUCUCUGCUCCGUGGUCCGACCGAAGGAGCGGCGGCCUGACGUCCAGCAGCAGAACCCCUUCAUGAGGGGCAACACCAUCAUCCGCUCCAAGACUUUCUCCCCUGGACCACAGAGCCAGUACAUCUGCAGGAUCAACCGCAGCGACAGCGACAGCUCAACGCUCUGCAGGAGAUCGCCUUUCGUCAGGAACGCCUCCGAGAGACGCAGCAUGCGCAUGAAGAAGCCUCCGGUGCAGGUCAGAGGUCUGGACGGUCUCCUGCGGACGUCCCUGGACCUGGAACUGGACCUGCAGGUGUCCCGGACCCGACAGGCCCGGCUGACGCAGGAGCUGCGAGUCCUGCGGGAGCUGAAGACGCAGCUGGAGCAGGCGAGGCAGCGCGGCCAGAGGGAGCUGCCCGCCUGGGUGCAGGAGGACGAACGCUUCCGCCUCCUCCUCAAACAGGCCGAGAAGCAGACCCGAGAGGAGCAGCUGCAGGAGAAGAGGGUGGAGAAGAUGAUGAGAGCGGCGGCGAAGGACGUCCACAAGAUCCGGGGCCGCAGCCGCAAAGAGGUUCCUGAGGUCCAGACCUUCAGAGAGAAGAUGGCGUUUUUCACACGAGCGAAGAGCAGCAUCCCCGACCUGCCGGCCGACAACGUGUAGAGACCCGGACCCCUGACCUUUGACCUUCACCCCUGACCCCUGACCUCACCCCCGACCUGCCGAACAUGUAGAGAAGCAUUUCAAAGUACCCCGACCCCUCGACCUCACCAUGACCUUCACCCCUGACCUCCCCCCUCAGUCUGAACCUGCUGUUCCCAGACACAUGAAGCGAACGUUGGUCGGUGUUAUGAAGAAAUGUAGAAAUAUAUAUAAAUAAUAUGUUUAGAUCUUGUUCAUCUGUACAUUAGUGACGUCAUCUCCUCUCGUCUCAUCACUUCCUGUUAGAAUCAUUCCAACACAAACGUCUAAUCGUGACGUAAAGAAUCUUCUUUAUGUUUCUUCUUCUUCGCACAAAAUCAAAUCACAAGACGACGGUACACAAACAAAAAUCAAUAUCGACUGAUGAGAGACAUUUGAUUUUCAUUCAGACAAACAAGCACACGGCGGUUUUAAUAUUUUUAUUUUGUAGAUGUUGUUUGUGUUUAUCAUAUUUCCUCUUCUGUCGUUCUGUUACGUCCAAAUAUGUGAAUAUGGAUCUGACAGCUGCUCCGUCUGUUAUGAAGGGGGAGGAGCGUAUUUCUCUUUACGGUCAUAAUACUGAAGAUUGUUACUUGUUCUUCUUCUUCUUUGGUGUUUCCUCCCCGAGUGUUUCGCUGCCCCCUGCUGGUCAACGUGUCGUUACCACCAGUAACCACCAGGUGACGCAGAAUCAAUAAGAUUAGAACUUUGAUAGAAGAUUUGUCUUUCGUCGUCGGACAAUCGAACGUGAGCGUCGUCGGCAAAACACACGAAAACUGGAACACGAAUAAAUCAACUGGAUGUGACACACAUACACACACACAUACUCAGUAGAAGCAGCACUAACACUCAGGUAGUGGAUCAGUUAGUCAGCACUUUAACAAACUGGAGGAAACUUUGAAACUUUGAAAAAAGUUUUUUUUUAAAUGGGGAAAAGAAACUUUGUUUUCUUUUCAGAUGUAAAACUUUUCUCUUCGCGCUGGAAUCGACUGUUGAUUGUUGAAACAGGAAGUGAAGAUCAAAAUGUAUUUUUGAUGAAUGUGAACUUACUGAUUCUAUGAUUGUUUGACCCCUGACCCCUGACCCCCAUCAACUGACCAGCAGCUAAUAGGAAGACAGAAGUUGUGUUAAACAGGUUUUUAUUGUUUUAUUUUUUUCCGUCUGUAACUGGAUCUGUUCUGAAUCCGAUCUGAGUCGUUGUCGUGGACGUUCAGCAGCUGAGUCACAAACGAUUCAUAUCGUCUUCUUCAUCUUCUCCUAAAGUCUGAGAAACAAUAUUAUAAUUAUUAUUUUAAUCUUUCUGGAUCAGAGCUCCUUCUCCAGUCGUUGUUUUGGAGGUGGAGAACAAAUACAGAGAUAAAAAUAAAUAAAUAAUAUUUUAUUUAAUUGAUUAUAUGAAUUAAUCAGCAACAUGAUGAAGUUGGAAUUUCAAAUGUGGAAAAUAAUUUUACAAAAAUAAUAAUGAGAUAAGGAAAUACUGAUAUAAAAUUUGAAAUAAGUUAAUAGAUGAUUUAGAUGAAGACAAAUAUCUAAACAGAACUGAACCGAUUGCCUGCAGCUGACGUCAACAGCUGUACAAUGCAUUCUGGGAAAUGUAGGAAAUAAAGUGGACAUUAGGUAGAAAGAAAACCAACUCCAACAUCGUGUUAAAAUAAAGUCUUCACAGAAACAGACUCACAGUCGACAAGGAAGCGAAAUGAAGGAAACGACGAAAAAAGCAGAAAAUGAUGGAAAAACUCAAAAAACUUUGAGGAAAAGAUGAAGUGAGAAGUUUACGGAUUUAAAAAGUGGAAUUUGUUUCACCGAUGAAACAACUCGUCGCUGAUCUGCCUCCCCCCAAAAUUUUCCAAUAUUAAAAAAAAGUAUAUUUUCGCACCAUAUCAGGUAGAAGUAGGAAUAUUUUUGCACAAAUGUCUAUUAAAAUAAUAAAUAUCUCACACGUGCACAAAAAUCACUCGACACUACGACUCAUCUCGUCUUGUGGUAAAACUUUAUAUUUACACAAAUCAGACGUCGACGCCGAGGCUGCGUUCAAACUGCAGGAAGUCAAAGUCUGAUCGGGACUCGAACAGUCGAUCGAUCGAUCAAUCAGAUCAAUACCAAAGAUUCAACAACCACACAUCUGAUCCGGGGUCAUGGAUGGUUACGAAUCUGCCCGGCAACAAGUGUUUUCACAGACAAAUUAAUUAAAUGGCAGAAUAAAUAUAAACAAAAAUAACUUUCAUUUGGAUUUUAUUUUACAGUUAAAUUCCAGACUGCGACCACACUUUUCUUCCGCACAAAAAGGUGCGUUCAAGAAAAAUAUGGAAGCGUUAGCGGUUAGCAAUCGGACGAGUUGUGAAUCCAGAUCCGAGGAAGAAAACGUCUGAAAAUCAGAAAAGCUUAUAUCUAAAUUUUCCCUCUGUUCCAAAUCAUGUGACGACGAGUGACGCUCGUAUUUCCUCCUGCACCUGAACGCAGCCCUAUGAGGGUUUUUUACUGGAACAUUGUGAAAUGAACCAAAGUCUACGGAGUCAUGUCGGUGCCUUUAGAGAGAACGGAAGAUGAUCAGUGCCCAGAGAAAAAAUACUUUCCCUAUUUUGAAAAAAGACGAAAGUUCAGACUUUAAACUCCAAAAUUCUGGGAUUAAAGUCUCAUGUUUUCCUCUUCUUUUUUUUUUGACAUGGCUCUAAUCUUCUUCCGUAGCCGAGCAACUUAUAAACUUGUUGUUGUACUUUUUUUUUCCUCCUAAUUUCUUGUUCAUGUCCAAAACAUCAUCUGAUCUACGAGAAGCUGAAAUGGGGACAAAAAUUGACAUUCAUUUUCUAAAUGUUAACAAUUUAUUUUAUUUUUUUCUUUCCCUCCACUUGUAGCUGGAGUAGAUUUACAGAAUAGGAACGUUUGUAGUCGGAGGAUCUGAUGGAAUGUUGUUGAAUCAGAAACCUCUGGAUGAAGAAAUGUUUUUAUCUCGAUCUUUCAGAGAAAGAAACAAAUACUGAUCGUCACAUCAUGUAGUUUGUGAUUUAAUUCUUUUUUUUCUUCUUUUUUUGGAAGUUCAAGUGCAUUUUUCCCCCUCGUUUGAUGAUGAUUUUUUUUAUUCUAAUGAAUCUGUUUGUGUUGCGAUGAAGCUGCUCACAUGUUCGUUUAUGAAACAUUACAGCUUGUAUUUAUUGCACUUUUGUGAUUUGGGUUUUUUGCUUUUUUCCAGUGUUUUUUUUUCUUCUUUUUAUCGCGAGAGUCCCGAAAAGCUGUGAAUUUUAUUCUCGGACACUGUAACUUGUCGACCAGAGCUGUAAAUAUUUCACCAGCACGAAAAAACAAACAAAAACAAGUAUGUUUUGUAGUUUCACAACAAAUAAAAAAAGAAAGUUCUUCUUCUA